GUUAAUUGCUAAUAUUCCCUAUUUUUCAUGUUCUCAGUAGGCUAAUGGACUCCACUGUAUCAGAAUGACCAGGCUUUGGUUUAUGGACUCCCUUUUAGACCUGUCAGGAAUGUGGAUAACUAUCAGAUAGACUCAGAUAAUAAGCACAAGACUGUUUUGUGCCUCAGAGGCUUUGGCUCCACCACGUUACAGAUACUCAGCAUAAUUCUUGUUCUGGCUAUUUCCUUUGUGUGUGAAUUAGAAGAUUGUAUGAGGUUGCUCUUUGAUAUCUUUCCUGGAUAUAACCCCUUUGUACUUGAUUUUUAGUCCACAGUAGGGAUGAUGAGUACAGAGAUUGGACAUUAUUUUUGGGCCAUUAAUGUAUGACUAAAAUAUAGUCUUUCAUGCUAUAAAGUUUUAUACCAUUUAAAAGCCUCAGCACUUAGCUGGUUCUUGCAGUGUAAAGUAGAUUUAACUGUAUGUUAACAGACUUAACUUUUUUUUUUUUUUUUUUUUUUUUUUUUAACUUAUAAAGAAAAGAGGUUUAAUUGGCUCGCAGUUCUGCAGGCUGUACAGGAAGCAUAGUACUGGCAUCUGCUUCUGGGGAGGUCUCUGGAAGUUUACAGUGAUGGCAGAAGGCCAAGCGAGAACUUGCACAUUACUUGGCCAAAGCAGGAGCAAGAAAGAGUGAGCGACAAUCUUAACUAUGAUCAAAGGUCGUUCUACAUUUCUUAAUUUACUUUUAGAGUAAAUAUUGGGGAGAGAGAAGAAAAAAUAUCUUAAGACUUCUGGUUUGAAGAAAAAGAAAAAUAUAUAAUCUUAAAUGGGGAAUGCCAAAAGACAGAUACUUUAGUAGCAGAACAAGAAUUAGUUUCUGUGGGCAUUCCAUUCCAAGUCAUCUGUGAGCCCACGGAGUAGCCAUCAUGAGCGAAGCUCACCUUCUUAAGUAAAAAAUAUUUAUGGACAAGAAGUUACCAUUGAAAUUAAAUGGUGGCAGACAUGUCCAAGGAAUAUUGCUGGGAUUUGAUCCCUUUAUGAAUCUUGUAAUAGAUGAAUGUGUGGAGAUGGCGACUGGUGGGCAACAGAACAAUAUUGGAAUGGUGGUAAUACGAGGAAAUAGUAUCAUCAUGUUAGAAGCCUUGGAAUGAGUAUAAAUAGUGGCUGUUCAACAGAGAAACCCAUGUCCUCUCUCUGUAGGGACUUUUUUACUAUGAUGUAAAAAUUAGGUCAUGUACAUUUUCACAUAAGACUUUCUGUUAAAUAAACUUUUGUAAUAGUAAAAAAAAUUAAUUUUUGUGAAAAAAGAGGAAAGUUGUGGUCAAUUAUAUAUAUAUGUAUUUUAAAAUCCUAAAAUGAAGUAAUCACAGUUGUAACUAAGAUUGCUGCAGCCAUUUUAUGUUAUGAAGUCCUUAAAUACAGUGUUAUCUCAUUUGAUUCUCACAAUGUUGGUGAUUUUGUAGCUCCAUUUUACAGAUCAGGAAACUUCAACUCAAGUGGGUUAACUCAUGUUCCCAAGAUUAAAUAAAUUUUGAAGAACUGAGAUUUGAUCUAUGGAAGUUUAGACUUGAUCUAACCUUCUCCACUGUUUGAUGUUAUUAGGAAUGAAAGUAGUAGACUUAGAUGACAUUGUACUGUAAAAACCAAGGCUAAAUAGAUUAGAUGGGAUUGUUUCAUGAGGAUGGAGCAGUAACAUUGUUUUGCAUUUGUGUAUAAGAGUAUUUGCUUUUUCUGUGCUCUUUUCUUUUAGCUCAGUUGUAGUUUGCCUCUAGAUCAUCCCCAGUCAUAAUCAGAGAAACAGUGCUGAAAGCUUCACAGAGUAGCUAAUUUAGGAAAAGGUGUGCAUGCAUGGUUGGGGGGAGUGUUUUUGUCUAACACAUUUUCUGUUUUGGUAGUGAGAUCUUCAUUUCUUAACAUCUUUCUUGUUAUCAUUCAUAUGACUUUUAGCUCAUUAACCUUGCUCUCUGCACUGCAUAGUGAAGCACCAUUUCUAAUUUAGCCUCCUCUGUUUAGCUUCUCAAAAGAUUUUUUUGAAAAUGUUUGGAAGUGUGAUUUAAUUGCAAGGCUGUUUGCACAUUGUCAAUGUGAAAGCAAAGAUGAAUUUCAUAUUUAGACUGUGCAACCUGCAGAUUUCAUUUGUUAAAGCUUCCAGUUGGUAUUCCUGUUCUCUCAUACAUGUGUGCAUAAUAGUAUGGAAAAAAUUCCUGGUUUUUUUUUUUUGUAUCCAUAUUUAUCAGUAUGAUUGAGUUAUGGAAAAGCCUAUCUGCUUUGUGUAUUUGCUCAUUUGGAAACCUUGUAUAGUUUAUAGAGACACUAGUGAUUUGUUCCCUAGCCUCCCUGUGGAUUUUGUUCCAUAUUACAAUCUAAUUCCAACUCCCUGUCCUAUACUCCUGAGCUGUUAAUUUGUACAUUUCGAUGCAGUUUGUUUCAUCCUGUGUUUUUGUAAUCCAAACUGAAUGUAACGAGCUGUGUGCUUUAGGGACCUGGCUUUGCCUUGCCAAUUAGAACAAAGUGGUUACUGAGUAAGAGUAUGUUUUAAAUAAAACAUGGUACCUCUGAGUGGUGCUGACACUCGGUUGGGAAUAAAAGAUAUGGUUUUAACUCUUUGACUCACAAAGAAGAGCCAUUACAAAAGAUCACUUUUUUUUUUUUUUGAA